AUGCGCAACAAAUUUCAAAUCUACAGUAGGUACGAGUGUUUCCGGUCAGAAUGCUAAAAAAAAAAUAAAAAAAAAAAAUGUACUUAUUCGUUUUCGUGUGUUUGUGUAUUGUAAUUCGUUUAAUUUUCGUAACUUUUUUUCAGAGGAGGACGGCGGCAGAGACGAGACGAGUCUCUUGGGGCGAGUAGACAACGAAGUCGGAGGAAAAUUAAGGGAUCCCAAAGCGACCAACAGAAGUAACGCCAAUACAAGAAAAUGUAGCACGAGUAAUUCGAUUGUGAUCGAGGAGCUGGAUAUGGGUAAGAUAUUUGAGGCGACAUAUAUUAUCGGGCGUCUUGUUCUACGUACACUACUUCCCGUAUUGUUUGACGAGUACUGAGAGUAUACGCCAUUUUUUCGGCUUGACACGAAAUCCAACAGAAUUCUGUGGGAAUUGAUGUCGAGCUACGACAACGGUUUCGAAUAUGAAAUGGCAAAGUGCUCGUUUUGACAACUUUAAGCGCUCAAGUCCGGAACCUUGCUAAUAGAAUGUCUGGUUUUCCUGUAAAUUCUAAAUCUAUGCAUAUUGCCACCGUCCUCUAUAUCCGAAUCACAAUAUUGAUGCGGUACAGCAUUUAAAAUCGAAACCACUUGUUUUUCAGACGAUAACGAACUGAAAGAGGUGCAUAAACAGCUCAGAAAGAACAAAGAAGUGAAAGUCAUCGAGGGGUACGUCUUCAGAUCCGGAUCCCACGCUAUAUAAUUUAAUAUUGGGACAACAUAUCGACCUCACUCAACUGACUGCGAUUAUAUUUCCCAUUCGCUUUUCAGGUUGAACGCGAACCCGUUGCCUAUACCGUACCACCGACCGCCGAGGCCCACGGAAAGCCCGAACCGGAUGAACAACGGUAACAUGGUUGUGAUGCCUCCCAGCAGCCCGUGCAAGACUCCCGCGGGAGCCGGCAGUAAGUUCGGCGGUCCAGAAAAGCCCAAACAGCAAAAAUCGCACAAAAAUGGCGGGAAAAAUGACACGGCAUGUGAGUACAACAACUAUGUUUACACGAUAGUCUAGCGUUUACGGCCGGUAUUAUCAGCAAAAUAUUUUUAUCUCGUUUCGACCGCGUUACAGAUUCCAGAAGAACGUACACCUGCCAGUUAUCGGCGUCCAGCGACACGACAGCGCCUCCGACCACCAGUUCUUCGUCGGUCGACACCCAUAUAACUUCCAGUCUGUCCACCUCCGUGGAUAGUUCGGUCGACCAGCCCGAUAGCAUGACUGUACGUUAUCCCGUUUUUGUAUACCGUAAUAUUAUUCUAUAAUAUACAUAAUAAUAAUCUUCCAUCGCCGAUACCGGCAAUUUAUAAUCCCUGGGUCGCAGUGAUUUGGCAGUGAUUUAACGCUAUCGUAUGAUUAUAUUUUUAAAUUGUUAUUAUUUUUUUUUUCUUUUGAAAUGCCAUUUUACUAGCGUUAUUUAGCUUUUUAAAGGCUUAAACAUGAAAUGUUUUAAUAAAGACUACAAUUUAAAUUUCGUUCUACUCUGCAGCAUUUGCAAUCUUGUUAGUCACUCACUUUGAUAUAAUAUAAUAAUGAAUCCAAACUUCGGCGUAAUCGUGUUUCGUAUAUUAUGCGGUCUGCCCGCAUAAGUGGCUUUUUAAUAAUAAAACAAGUUUUGGUAAUUCGGUCAUAAUGAAAUCAGGAAACAGAUGCACGAAACAUCUAAAGGGAGACUUUAAUAUGGUACCUAAAAUAUUAAUUAUUAUCUCGUUUAAUGUAAAAUGUUUCGCAGAAAGCCCAAGUUUCCGUAGGCGUAUCGCAAGUGGCCACGCAAACGACGCCGGAGAACGAGAGAGUCAGUUUUUUGCCGAAUAUUGUAAAGCCGACGAAAGGCAAAACGUCGCAGAAGAAUCGUUCGAGCUCGAAGAGCGGGUCGAAAACCGAUUCUGUCGAUUCGCCUGAGUCCAAGGAAGGACAACAGGAAAUAAACGUACAAGAGCCCAAGUAAGUCCGAGUAUGAUAUUGUACGAUGAUCAAACGGAAAUGGCAUUUGUCGUCGUAUUCUCGUAAAUGAGAGUCGAACUGCAAACAAUUUUACUAGGUAGAAGAACGAAAGUUCUAAACAACACUAAACACGCGGCAUAUUCUAUUGGGAAAAGUAAAAUUAUAUUUACAUAUUUUAUCGAGUAUAAUAAAAUGUGUACUUUUUCCGAUCGAUUGUAAUAUACAUACGUUACACGCUGUACGCACGUCCAAAACUGAUGAAACGUCGGGUUUUUGAAAUAUCGCGGGUUUUUCAUUUUUUUUUUUGUAAAACCGUUCUUAUACUAUCUAGCUUAGUUAAAAGACGCUAGUCCGGGAAUUUUCAACAGGAGGUGAUGUAGUAAAUAAUAAUAACAAACAGGACAACUUCGUUCUAACCUGACAAUGAUAAUUUAAAUCUUGGAUCCAAAAAUGCGAAUUUUAUAUUAAAUAAAUCAAGCUCUUUUCCUUGUAGUCUGAUUAUAAAUAUAUAAUAUCAAGACAAAAUUAACAAAUUAAUAUUUAAAGCGGUUGUACUUUUAAACCACUAGAGGAGAUAUAAUAACCCCUAACCUUCCCCCACGCACGUCACUGCAAGUGAAUGUUAAUAUUAAAAUAUAAAUUAAUUUGAGCUAUUGAAAUAAGUUACCAAAUGUGCAGAGUAAUUAUAACUUAGUUAGUAGGUUAAAAGUUACUUUGUUUUAAAAUUACCCAUCACUCAUUUUGUACUAUAAUAUUAUGUUGACUUUUAUAAGCACUUUUUUCGCAUUCCAAAAAUAUAUUAUAGACAUUUUCUACACGAAAAUUGGAAGACGGCCAUUUUCGAAUUAAUCGUUAUAUCGGAAAAAAAAAAACGAUAAGAGUAAAGAGUCAUAAUAUUGGUUUUUUUUUUUUUUAAUGCCCCUUCUAUAACUCGGUUUGUCCCCCCUGAAGAAUUGACCCGGUUACGGGCCUGGUCGAAUAUCGGUUUUGGAAAAAAAAAAAAACUCUCCCGGCAUCUGAUAUUCUCAAUGUCGGCCUGUGCCAAUACUCGCCACUAAUUCGGCGAACUCGUCGAACCUCCGGGCCGACUUUUAGCCGACUUCCGAUCGACGAUAUUUAACUGCAAACGUUGUUUUGUUUCGUCGCCGCGGACGGAAACGCGCACCGGGUGUGCACUGUGCGCGGUAUUGUACGCGGUCGCGAACUUCCCGUAAGUAUACGCGAUGAAAACGAAAAGUCCUUAAACGCGAUGUUAUAACGGCCGCCGAGAACCCCGUGGACAAAUCGAGUAAAUUAAGUGUAAUGUUUUCUGCGGGAUCGCGUACUUCUGGUUACCGAACAUAAAACAAAAAACAAAAACUCAUAUUGCACGUUUUGUUGUACCUGCCGUUUCGGAACGGUUCGGUGUUCGUAACACUUUCGCUACCCCAUUUUACGUUGGAAUAUAAACGAUUUUCUUUGAAGAGCUGUUAUGGAACGACUCGCAUUAAACAAACAAUUAUUAAUUGUAUACAUUAUUGCAUAGCGUUGUGAAGAACACGCACUUUCCUAUACCGAAAUGUUUUUUUUUUUUCAAUUGUUUUAAACAAAUGUUCGAAAUAUUACGAAAAGUAUUCGAACAACCGCGGCGGUUACCAUUUUAUCCCGUUGCAGUUUUGAAUUGUUUUUCUUUGUAUAUACGCGUACACCUUUUUCCGGACGUACCUCGUUUGCGGGAUUAUUAAAAUCGUUUAAUGUAGUUACGAAACAAUAAAAAAGAAAAAAAAAAAGCCUUAUUGUAAAAUACCUACCGGACGAAUGAUUACUUGUUUUAUAGUAGCCGUAAUAUCGCCGCGGAGUCGUGUAUUUCAUUUCGUUGGAAAAAAUAAAACAUAAAAGUACCGACCACCUUCGAAAAGGCGUGAAACGAGCGGGUCAUAUUGAUCCCCGGGUUUAUUUGACUUUUUAAACAUUCGAGCCGGCCCGGUUGGUUUAAGUGAUGCCUCUCGAGACCUUUCGAAACAUCCGAAAACGUAUAUAAUAAUCCCGCGGUAUAGUGGCCGUUUAUUGGUACAGCCAGCAAAAUCGUCAGAAUUACCCCGUAAAAAAAGAAAAAAAAGAAAAACCGAAAAAAAAAUGACGUCCCGACUUUUGUUUCGUAAACAUUGUAAAUCCGCACGAUAUAUCGGUAAUAUAAUAUAUUGCCGUACGUCAAUAAGCCGUAGAAAAGUUAUUAGUCCGCCUUACCGACGACAACGCGCGAACCCUUUUAAGGCGUAUGUUCUCAAAAUGCCGUAUGACGGGAUAUUUAUUAUUAUUAUUAUUAUUAUUAUUUUUUUUCGAACAAUAAUACGUUUCCGAAGACACCGGUGUAAUCGUUUUCCCGAAAACGAAUUUCGUCAAAAUACAUAAAAAAAAAAAAAAACAACUAUAUCCGAUGUAGAUAGCGUAUUCGCCGUGUGUUUAACCUAACCCACCGUCGCGGGUGUUUAAAAUUCCGAAUUGAAAAUAUUAUUUGACCGUGGCGAGAGGGGGGGGGCGGGGAAAUGCUGAAAAAUAAACAAUUUCGGUAAUAAUAAUUUUUGGUCGGCGUCCGUAUGCCCGACGAAUUCGCGCGUACGCCGAACGUUUCCGCCGAGGAAAACACGAUUGAUUACGUUAUUGUUUACGGUUAUCAAUGUUUCUUAGGCUGCAAGUGACGAAAACGGCGAUGAGUCCUUCGAUGGCCGAGAGCCUGCGGGCCACGUUCGCCGCGUUCCUGUGGCACGAGGGCAUCGUUCACGACGCCAUGGCGUGCGCGUCGUUUUUGAAGUUCUACCCGAGCCUGCCUAAACACGGAGCCGUGGUCACGAAAAGGAUGACCGAAAGGUACGUACGCCGCAGCGCACCGGUAACCCGACCACAGACACGUCAAUAUCAAUACGGACCGCGUGUGCCCCGUACGUUGUUGGGUUUUUUUUUUUUUUUAACCGAAAAUACCUCGUCUCAGUUACCGACAAUCGGCAUUGUCAUCAUUGGUAUCUUUUUCAAACAAUGUCACCAUCUUUGUUAUCAAAUUGUUACUAUCCGUCUUCCAAUAUUGAUGAGGGGGCGUACGGGGACUGUCGUAGUGCGCUGUACGUGCUGUAAAAAUUAAUUUCCCAAUCGGUCUGCGGUUGAAACGGUCCGGAACCGAUACGCGGCAUGCGUACGUGUACGGAUUGCAUAUCCAAUAAGAAACCGGUUAAAGGAGACGUGUUACAUUUCUGAAAAGCCGGUGAUAUCUACGCGCGACCGGGUAUACGGUGUAAUAAUUAUUGUGAUAUUGUCAUGUGCCGUAGGAACAAGGACCGUGGUCCUCAGAGGCACUCGGUGGAAGUGUUGACGGGCGCUGGCGGUUACCGGCACAUCCAUCCGAACGAAGAAAUCCGCCCGAAACCGAAGUUUGCUUGGCCGGUCGAUGGAGCCAUCACCGAGGAGAGCAUGACCAGUUCCGGUAACUCGGAGAUCGCCUCCGCUGACAACCGUAACCACUUGCAACCGGGACCGGAGUCCGAUAACGGCCAGACGACCGUAAACUUUUUGCCGCCCGCGCUCAGCUGUAUGGUUCGGCUGUGGGACGAAAUCGCCACGGACAUUCAUCAGGUACGUUACUGUCCGUCACCUCCUCGUUUUUUUUUUUUAAAAAAGUUCUGCAGACGAACAUCACUUUUCAUUAACAAAUACGUUUUUUUUUAAAUAAUCGAUUUUUUUUUUUUAAAAAAAACCACCCCACGCGAUGGAGUUAUCACACGAACGUCGGUUUUAAUUUAUUUCGCAGUAGGCGUUUUUAACUCCGAAACCAUGGCUAAAUAAACAUCUAAACGUGUCAAUAGGACAACAGUGAGCAUUAAACGUGACGUCACCCGGAAUAAAUCUAUAAAAUAAAACAAUGCAGUAUGUAAUUGAUUAAGUGAGACAGGCGGAUACGUUAAAUGAGAGAUGUCAUAGAAACAUAAAUAACGCCCUUAUGUUUUAUUCAUUAAUCAGAUUAUAUUUUAUUGAUACAAAUCCCGGAUAAAUUAGCAAAUUUAAUUAUUAUAGUUUUCUCCGUGUGAUAUCCUUCGACGUCUGCAGUCUGACUGUCAAUCUCGUUCAAUCCUGACGCGUUCAAACGCUACGAUUAAAGGGGGGGGGGAGAUUGGGGCGGCGAAAAGCGAAGUCCGCAUCUGUAUAGGUCUAUAAUAGAAAAAAAUUUACUGUCCGCAAAUAGCCGUGGCGCGCAAAAGAAAAGUAUAGUUUUUCGCCGAAACGAUGAUAUAGUACGUAUCGUUUUGGAAACGGCGGAAACACGACGACGUCUACAUUACAUGCGCGGUGACAGUGAGUUUCGGUUAUCCAGCUGAUACGCCUAGCCGUUUAUUGUUUAGCCGUAUCUAAAACGAUGUGUUCAAUGUUCUUUUCGCACGGAAAAAUCACCGGGAACGCGAUACUUAUCUCGUUGUUAUUGUUUGUUUGUUUGUUUGUGUGUUUUUUUUUUUUUUUUAAAUAUACAACCUUCCGUGUAAGACAUGGCAUGUCGGACAUGCGUAAAUCGCGCGGGAUCGUAAUUUAUUUGUUUCGUUAUAAACGUCGGUGUACGGACGGGGAAGUAAAGAGAAAAAAAAACAACAAGCAAAUGUGUCAAAACCUAAAGCGAUAAAUAAAAAUUAAUAAAAAGGGAACGAAACAAUUUUCUGUAUCCAAAUUACGGACGAAUAAACAGGAGGCGGUGUUCAUAAAAUAUAUUUUUGUAUUAUUCGGUGAGAUUUAUGUUGCGGUCUUGCGCUGCACGGCGUCCUAUGUAAACACAUCUCGUAGGAUUUUCUUCUUACCCGUCUGAUCUCCGGGCUCCGGCCGAAUUUACGAGGUUUAGCGUAUUUUAUGGCCCUGAAUAUAGAGUGUCCGGUUGUAAUGUCGGUCAUGUUUAUCCGCAAACCGAACGUUUAAAAGAAAAAAAAAAAACCAAAUACUAUACAUGAAAAAUGCCACGGUAUAAUGUUAUAUUUUUUCUUUCACGCGAGAUUUUUCGUAACUUUUCGGAUCCAUAGUUAGCCAGUCGGAUGAAUUCCUUUUGAUUUCUCGUUCAUUUCGCGAUAAUGGGGGGGAAGGAGGGAUAUUCCGAAAGACGGGAAUAACACACAGUUUUUGGCAAAAUCGAUUCGGGUUUAUUUCGUCGAAAUACAACAACAGAAAUGUUUACCGUAAAUACUUGUGUUAGUAUUUCCUUAGACGCGGUUUAAUUUCCAAAACACUAAAGGUCUUUUCGAGUCAUUUAUAUGCUACAAAACCGUUUGGGAUUUUCGAGAUUAUUCGGCGUUUUUAUUUUUUUAUUUUUUUUUUUUUUUUGAUUGUCGAAUUUCCCUUUUAAAAUAGAGACUAUUGGAUGCACUGUAUCGAGCCCGUUACACAUAUUUUUAUUUCCCGCUACUCUUGAAUAUGUUUAGUGAUCCCCUCUAAACGAGCUCAAUCUCUUGAAUUAGAGUCGAAACGGUUAGAGUCGGGUUUCAUUACUAUGUAAAUUGAACCAUCUUAUUGCGUGGGGGAGCGUGUUUUGUUUAGCCUCGAUCGCCGCUACAGACCUCCGAAACAAUCAAAGGAGGGUAAAAUUUUGUAUAAAUACGGCGUUUGUAUCAACGGUGUGUUUUAUGGUGGUUUUGAAUUUCAAAUUCGACACCUGCGAUGAAAAUUCAUUUUUUUUUUUUUUUUUUUGAAGUAAAGUAUAAUUAUUGUAUUAUACUUUUAUAGUAUUCGGUUAUGCAUUAUAUUUUUGCCGGGUUCUAUAAUAAAAAAAAAAAAAAAAACAGACGGAGAAUAAUUUGACUAUAGCGACGCGAGCUAUACAGUGUCUCCUACCGUUUUCGACGGAUUUUUCUAGCGCUGUUAAUAUUAAAUUUGUUUCGAUUUUGUUUUUUUUUUAUUUUUUCAAUCGGUUUGUCUUCGAAGGGGACAUCGAUUCGGUGAAAAAUUAAAUUGUUAUUUUCAUCCCCUAAGGAAAAAAAAUAACUUUUUUUUCAUUUUGAAAAUUUUCAAAAUAGCCAUAAAUUCGUAAUAAAUAUAAUUCCAAACAAUUUAAUGUGUCACGCAUUCGUGUCCGAUGAAUAGUUUUUCGGUUCAAGCCAUUUAAAUUAAGCGUGAAAACAAUUAAUAUUCAAUAACGUUAUGCGAUAAGGAAUUACAAUCGGCAUACUAGUUAACAGACUACGAAUCGAAUACGUAUGCAUGAUACGUUUUUUUUUUUUACGAAAAAUUUUCUAUAGUAAAUCGAUAGUUUAAAAUUUUUUCGUUUGUAUUUGGGAGAUAAAAAUAAAAAAAAAAAAAUCGAUUUUUCUCCGAAUCGAUGUCCCCCUCGCAGACAAACCGAUCGAAUAAAAAAAAAAGAAUCGGAAAAAAAUUUAAUAUUAACAGCGCUGGAAAAAUCCGUCGAUACAUCCAACGGUAGAUACGAUUUACAAACCAAGUAAUAUUUUUUGUACGUAAACAUUUUGAUUGCAAUACGAGAACACGAAAACGAAACUGUGUCUAAACAACAGCACAGAGACGUUAAACGCAAAUAAAUAAUAUCGAUUUGUCGUGUGUGUGUGUGUGUGUGUAGAUUAUAACGGCGGUAAGCGGAGACCGGAACUCGUCGUCGGACCGGUCGACGGGUGUCAACAAGUGGUCGGACAACGAGGCGGUCGGCGGCGGCAACGACAACGACGCGGACGACCCGGACAACUACGACAGCGGGGACGGCGCGGCCGCGGCCCCGGUCGUCUCGGACCCGGCCGCGAACGAGCACAACGAGCGGAUGUUCCGGCGGCUGAUGCCCAACUACCAGCAGAAGGAGCCGAUGCCGUGCGAGCUGUGCGGCGACGCGUUCGCCAUGCCCGUGUCCUAUCACAUGCUGACCACGCACCCGGGCUGCGGCCACAACAGCGGCGGCCGCGGUUACAACAGCAACGGCGUGUACAAGUCCGGGUGGUCGGGCUCGUGCGGCGAGGGCGGCAACGCCUGGUAUCUGCUGUGCGAGCUCUGCCGCGACAUUUACAUGCAACGGCGGCGCGCCAGGCCGACGGCCGUCGGCUCGGACCGGUACUGGAAGUCCGUGGACGUGGCCGUUCGCCGGGCCGCCGCCGUCUCCGAGGACGUGGUCAAACGGCGCAAAUCGCACGGUCAGUGACGGUCCGAAAAAUUCAAAAAAAAAAAAAACCGGGAAAACUGCGAAAAAUAGAAUAGGGCGAAAAUGUACAUACUUCCCCCCCCCCCCCCCCGUUAAAUACUUCUCUUCUCGGAGGCGACCCGCAAUAACGCGCACCGCGGUCGGGGGUCGAUUACGCGAUAAAUAAUCGAAAUGCCGCGCGACGGCGGCGCGUCAUUAUGUUACCGGCUUCGGAUAAAAAGUCGAAAUUCGAAUGAUCGGUUUAUGCGCCCGCGGCGCAGACAAACAAAGGCAAUUAACCGAUCGCACGACAAUUGCCCGCAAGUCGUAAAAACGACAAUAAUAUUUAUAGGAAUGACGAAACCGACGUGGUAAUCGUAAUUCAUCCGAUGACCGGGGCUUUAGUUUUUUUUUUUUUUGUAAAAUUUAUUUUCGAUCCGUCCGCCUCAGUGGACAACGCUCAAGCGCGGACGCCGAAUUCGUUUUUCCCCCGGCGCGACGACACUAAACGUAUUGUUUUUUUCUCGUCCCUCAGGCGUAAACUACAACGAGGAGCCGACGGAAAGCCUGCACAUGGCUUUCAAGGAAAACGCCAUGUUCCUGUUGGACUUGGCCAGCACUUGCAGCAGCGGCAGCAGACCGGUCGACGACGAAACUCUGCACGCUAAAUCCGGCCCGUGGGCUGUGGGCGAGUUCAAGUGCCUCGGGAACCUCGAGGCUUCCGACAACAAGCUGCUGCAGUCCGACGCCGACGACGCCAUAUUGCAACAACUCCGAGAUCGAUCUUCGGGGGUACGUAUUUACCGGCUGGCCGUGGCCUCGACGCGAAAACUCAUAACGAAAAUGACGUGUUCUCGUAGGAUCUAGACGUGGUCGAUGGGUCCGUAUACCGCAGUUUCCACCGGUCCGUGUCGAUGGACAUAGAGAAUUCACCGUCAGGCCGCCAAGAUGUGAUCAACCGUCGGAAACGGGUCAACAGCACGAUCGACGCGGGUACAUUGCUAUAUUAGCGUUUUAUCAUUAUUAUUAUCCGUCGGAAUACACCACCAUACCGCCGCCACCUUGAACAGUGUUAACGCAGUUCCCGGUCCGAAAACUUUCCGUAUCCAACGCUCCGCCUCGGACUUGCCCGGGGUAUUUCUUCACUUCCCGCUCCGUCGGUAUACCGUGCUCUGACUCCUUUCACUUGCGAACGAGGCGGCGUCGCUGGCACCACUCCGCCACUGCCCGUUGUAGACCUUCUCCCGUGUAGUUUUCCGCAACGGUGUCCGGUGUUUAUGCAUAAUUACAGCUAUCAUUUGUUUUUCAGAUAACGGAUUGGCGCUCAUGUGCAUGCCCUCGGCGGCCUUGCAAGAGCUCGUGCCCAACGCCGACGCGGCUACGGUGACCGCGAACAACGAUUAUCCGGAUAUUAACGUGUUUUAUAGACCCGCGAUGGCGUUCAUUGUCGAAACGCACAAUUUGGCCGAGCUCAAAAGUGCCAUGAAACAGGCGGUCCGAAAAGCCGCGUGCCGCAGUUACGCGUUACAAGUAAUUGCCGACGGGACAAGUUUUUAAUUUCUCGUUGUUAUCGACGAUGUUCUGUUAUCUUGCCACAGGCUCUCAAUUGGUUACUGCACGAAGUGUCACAAGCGUCGUGUUUACACGACCUGCUGUGGUGGUUCGUGAUCGCGCUGUCGGCCGAAGUCCGUUCCGUGGACGGCGCCAGCGAUUCCACCGAGCCCCGGUGUCGACAUCCGCUGGGCGACCUGUACAUGGCCGGAGAAUCCGUCCACCCUCUGCCGCAAGUGUUCUACGGGUUCUUGCAGACCGUCUCCGACCUGAUGCUGUACUUGCCGCCCGGGUCCGCCCUCCAGAUGAUGGCCGUCCGCUGUUGGGACAUAAGCUUUUCGACCGCGGACCAUAUGUUUUUACACAGGUAAACCGGCAUGCCGUCUAUGCGAAUUCCUAACCGUAACGUAAUUCGAUGUUUGUUUUUGUUUCCCCCCCCCCCCCGUUCGUUCGUAACAGGAGCAAAGUGUUCAGUAACAUCAGUAAAAUAUUGUCACACAGCGAAGAAUAUCAAGACGUUUGCGAUGACACUCUAACGGACGUUCCGGAGGUAAUCGGUGGAUUCAUAUAAAUAUAAUAUAAUCUCGGUAAUACAUUAACGCCAAACCCCGUGAUUGUGUUUUCAGCACGAUAAAUACGUAGUGUCGUUACUCAAAGACAUUAGCGAACACACCGAGAUCACGGCAUCCAGUCGACCGGCAAUGGUUCCGAAUUUGAUGGACCAAACAACCGAAACGUUUUGGGAGUCGAGCGAAGACGAUAAAAACAAAUUCAAAACGAUUACCAUACAAUGUACUAAUAUGUCCAGUAACCCGAAAGCCUUCUAUGUUCAUUUUGACAACUGUCGCGAUCUGAACGUUAGUAUACCAUUUCGGCAUUAAACCCUCGCGGUAAUUUUUUUUCGGGAUAAUUACAAUUAUUUUUAAAUUGAUUUCAAACAGAACAAAAUAUCUAUGGUCGUAUUUUCAUCUGGCCAAACGGUUGAACAAUUGAAUAAGAUACAAACAUUUGAAGUCGAGAAUCGAUUCAGCGGUUGGCUCGGAGUUUUCAUACACGGUAUUAUUAUUAUUAUUAUUAUUAUAGACGCGCUUUUCGGGAUUCUUUUUCAAAACGUUUCGACUCAACACUUAUUGUAUUUGUUUACAGACGACACCCAUAGAGUCCUGUGUAUCGAAAUACGUGGUGCAGACCCGUGUGUGCGCGUGAGGCAAAUCAAAGUCCUCGGAACAGUGUCCGGGGAAUCGCUUGCCUACGGCCGUCAGUACAGUUACUCCACCAUACAACAUCGACAGUGUGAAAACGAAACGCUGAAAGUCUUUCGAUCGAUAACGUUCCAAGUGAGAAAAAAAAAAAUUUUUGACUACCUAUAGACAUAACUAUAAACUCCGCAGUCAUGAACCUAUCCGCGAACGUGUCGUUUAUCGUUUACAGGUGUUCGGUAAAUUGAUACAAGGUAAACUGUCGUCGAUGGACUCGAGUGUCGAAGAGAGCAAAGAUCUAAAGGAGCACAUGGUCGGCAUUUUGUUCAGCCAGAGCAAAUUGACACAUUUGCAAAAACAGGUAAAUAUUAUUUUUGCAUACAUUUGUUUGUAUACAAUACAAUGCCGGAUGUCACGCGCGCUUGCCGGGGUUUACCGAUUUCGUUUUGCCGUUUUUGUUCGAAAGGUGUGCACGCACAUAGUAGACGCGAUCCGCAAAGAAGCGGCUGCAAUGCGUGAAGAAUGGGAAAAAUCCGUGUGCACAAACGACACGGUUGCCAAUAACGGUAACGUCACGCCGACGGACUCUUAUUGCUUCGAAAUGCUGUCGAUGGUGUCGGCUCUCAGCGGCAGCAACGUCGGCAGAUCCUAUUUGGCGGACCAACACGAUCUGCUGCUGAAUUUGUUCAGUCUGUUGCACACGGGCAGCGCCAGAGUACAGAGACAAGUAACGGGCCUCAAUCACUUCCUAGUCGGUUUCAUUUAACGAACAAUUAUAAAAAAAAAACCACGAAUGUUUUUUUUUUCAGGUGACGCUUUUGCUGAAGCGAGUGUUACCCGAAGUUUCUCCCGGCAAGUUGGCCACGUUGACCGGCGCCCGACUUCCGCCGACCGGAUUUUCCAUCGCCAGCCCGCAGUCCGGGUCCCAGAAAGCCGGACUGCUCGACCACUUCUUGGGCGUCGUCGCCAAAUCGCUUAUACUGCAAGUGAAAAUGAAGGGCUCGAACGGUAGCAAAGUGGUCAACUCGUUGAAACUCGACGACGCGGAGUUGACGGACCGGGACGAAUCGUGGUGGUAUCUCAAAGGCGUGUCGUCCAGAAAACUCGCCGACGACGUCAUACAGAUCAUGUGGGACAUGUCGAACGUGAGUGACGCGGUCGGUGGCCGAUGGCGGACGGGCGUAAUGAUAUUACCGCGGCCGUUUCGCGUUUUCAGGGCAAGUUGGGCGGUAACAGAAAAUGGAUGGACACGACCCGAGCGGCUGUUGCGGAAAACAUACUGAACCUGACUAGACUGAGCAAAGAAGACAGAUCGAUGGAACGGUGCGUCAAGAACCCGGUUCUUUGGCUGGCGUUGGCGGCGCACUGCGUUUUGCAUCCGGAACACGCGGAGAGACUGUCGUCCGGCCAGUGGCUGAAACCAGAAAAGUCUAAACCGUCGCCGCCAAGGGUGAGUACGACGACACCGAAAUCGGAACAAUUUUCCGAACGACAUUCGUCCUUCCCGUUUCCCGCGUUUAACCAAACCCGACCCGUCCGUUUUCGUCUGUUUUAGCCUCUGUGCACGAAUCACGAUGACGGCGAAACAGCUGCCGCGAUCCAGUGCCUCAGCUGCGGCAACCUGUGCGUGGACUGUGACAGGAUUAUGCAUUUGCACCGGAAGACCAAAACCCAUCAACGACAAGUAAAAUACCAUACGCCGACGGCAUGUCACCUAUUUUUAUUUAUAUACGUAUACGUAAUAUUAUAUUAAACGCGAUGAUAAAAAAAACCGAUUCUUGCCGGUCUCGUCGGCGUCUCAAACCUUGCUAACACUCGGGUCGAUUCAGCGGAUUCGUCUCGACGUGUCGCACGUAUCGCACGCGAUAGGUUUUAACGGGGUCUACCCGUCGUUUACAGGCGACUCGCUGGCGAACAUUAUGCGCUAAUGCGUUUCACAUAAUUUUACGCCUGUUUUGUAUUAUGUUAUUAGGUGUGCAAGGAAGAGGAAGAGGCCAUCCGGGUAGACCUGCACGAAGGGUGCGGACGGACCAAACUGUUCUGGCUGCUGGCCCUGGCCGACAAGGCCACGUUGCAGGCGCUGGUCGAAUUCCGGGACCCGGCCGUGUCCAGCUCGGCCGACAUGUCAAUGCCCGUAGCCCGGGCCAACGUGCACCAGCUGGCCCGGGUCGGCGUUUGUCGGUAUUGCGGCACGGUGAGCAACGACGGGCUGCUGGCCAUCGGGAACGUGUGCGCCAACGACGAGUGCCAAGUACGUUUAACCGAUGCGACAACCCGACCGGGUCGGCGGUGGCGGUCAUUAGACAGUGCCGGGGGAAAGAGAAUCGCUAAUAUCAGUUAACAAUAACGAAUAAUCCCGCGCGGUAACGACUCCGUUAGAGUAAAAACGAACGUUUGUCCGUCCGUGAUUCGUGGACUUGAACCGCGAAACCGGUCUUAACGGUGUCUUUAUGCUUGAUAAUCCGCUGUACGAAGGCGAGUAACGCAGACUACGGAUUCCCCCGAAUCGCCGCCCUAAGAGACGAGUGGUGGGGGGGGGGUACAUCACUUAAGAUUGUCGGUGGUUUCGAUACGAAAAUCGAGUUAUUAUCGUUGAUUUACGGGUUACCUCGGUGAUACGGACGAUAGCGAUUGCUAUGGAAACCGGUCGCUUAGUCGAUUGUUGGACUGCGUGUUCCUUUCGCGGAACGGGCGGAGCCAGCGGCCGUAUCGCAUACGGAAAACAUAAAGUAAAACGUCCGUCCUCGACUGGGGUUAGGUUCGGGAAGGAGCGUGUGACGUAUCACAGUUCAAUCGAUAAUCCCAUGACGAUUACGUUUCAAAUGGAUCCGAAACGCUACGAUAUUAAUCGGUAUUGCGGCUAUAUAAAACCGGACACCGGUGAACGAAUAUUCAAAAACGAAAAUGUGCUUUUCAACAUUUCGUGCCCACCCCGCCCGACCGCAAAUAUUGAUUAACGACAUUCGAAACUCGACGCUGUUACAAUACUGCGAAACAGUAUCGAGUCCGGGGUAGUUUGAAAAUUCCUAAAAAACAAAAAAAAGUGUUCGGUCGGCGGAUACUUUCGUUGACCGCGUGUACUCUCGGAAUUCCUCUGUGCGCCGCCGACGAUGCCUAUAUUCGUGACGUUCAAUCGAAAUAAAACGUUUGUUUCCGCGCGUAUCUCGGCCCGCGAAUCGAAACAAUCGAAACCGAUUCAUUUUGGCGGUCCGGUCGUGAAAGAAAGGUUUUUUUUUCAUGUCCCACCGCACAUACCUAUCUAACGUGUUUUUUUUUUCUUUUUUGUUCUCUGUGUACGCAGCUACACGCACAGGACGGUUGUCAGAAGGUAUUGAAAUGCGGUCACCUGUGCGGCGGGAUCAAAAACGAGACGACGUGUUUACCGUGUCUACACGGGUGCGCCGUCCACGAAAAUCCGUCUCUUAAACAGGACGCCGACGACAUGUGCAUGAUUUGCUUUACGGACGCGCUGUCCGCCGCCCCGUCCAUCCAGGUACGAUAAUAAUACUCGAAAAAAAAAAAAGAAAAAAAAAAGCGAAGUUCUUCGUGAUUAGACGUCACGGUAUUUCGUUUGUGUAAUAAUAUUUUGAUUUGUGACAUUCCGAAACGCGGUCGGAAUAACCUUCGAAUAUUUUCGGGCACCUCGCCACUUUACAGACCGUAUCCGGCUUCAGGAGUUUUAAAAACCAUAACCUAUUACUCGUAGGACGUAAGCGCCCUAAGCGCAUAAACCCAAGAGCUAAUCAGGACACGGUCUUUUUACGAAAUCGAUAUGCUUGCGUAGAGAGUGUGUUCCCGAUGCAUGAAAUAUAUUUGUAUGUUUUUGCUUUACACGUCUUAUAGACGAUUCGCAGCUUCUGCCAAUUAUUUCCGACGAUUUCUGUUCUCUGAGUCCUCUAUACAUGUUGAUUCGUUAAUCUUUAUCAAAUCACUCUUCACAUGGACCAUACACGUUUCUGUCCCGGUCUUCCUCGUGGCAGAGCUUUCCAACUGGCUUAUUGGUCAAGACGUUUUCGGUUAGGUUCUUCGUGCAUAAUAAUGUAUUAACAAUAAUAGUCCGCGCGUGUUUGCAGUUGGUUUGCGGGCAUGUGUUCCACUAUCAGUGUUGCAAGAGGGUGUUGAUCAAAAAGUGGGUGGGACCACGCAUCACGUUCGGAUUCCAACAGUGUCCGAUUUGCAAGGUAAACAAAAAAACCUAACCUAACCGAACCCAACUAUGUAUUAUGUUUGUAUGAUAACACCUCCCAUUUCCCAUUCGUGCUGCGCAGGUUCCCAUCGAACACGGGCGCCUCGACGACAUUUUGAUCCCGAUCAGGGAACUGAUGGCCGACGUCAAGCGAAAAGCGCUCAUGCGUUUGAAAUACGAGGGCGACUGCACCGCAAAAGUCGACGAUCACGCGGCCGCGUUCGCCAUGGAAAAAUACGCGUAUUACGUGUGCUACCGAUGUUCGAAAGUGAGUAUAUCGGCAAAAGGAACGUCGGUUUCUGAAAUAUUCGGAAAACGGGUUUUUAACAAGUUAUCAUCGCGUCGAAUUAAAUUGUGCGGUCGCUAAAAACCAGUGACGGUGAUUUAUAUACCAGCGUUUGCCAACCAUAGGGCCGCGACCCAAUUUCGGGUUGUGGACAAUUUUAAAUGGGUCGCCAAAUAAUAAAAACGUUAAUAUAAUAAUUUCGUUUUAGACUGCCUGUAUAAAAUAGUUUUAAAAUUAAAAAUAAUUAAUGAAAUAUUUUUCGUAAAUUUUCAUUUUUCUUUACAAACAAGUAUAAAUUUAUAAAUUUGGACUAUAGUCUUUCAAUACUAUAAAUACACUCUAUCGGAUCACAUUCACAGAAACAAUUAAAUUUGGUAAGCUGUUGACCAGCGUUUGUUUUGGUUUAAGCGGUCAUUAUCGUGAACUUCACAAAGUACCCAUUACUCGUUAAGUCGUGUGUAUUGAUUUUAAAAUAAAUUAAAGGUAAUCGUUUCUUUUAGUUAUGGUGAUUGAAACAUUAAGUAAGUUGGGUAGGAUGGGUAACCCUUCGUCGGGAAUUAUUUUCAAAAAGGUCGAAUGAAAAAUUGUGUGAAUACCUUAGGUCGCCAACACACAAAGUUUGAGAACCGCUGAUUUACACGGUUUUAAAUCUUUUCGAGUAAUUUUUUUCGAAACUUUAUUAAUAAAUGUCUGAAAAUUAAUAAAUAAAAUGUCAUAAUUUGCUUCGUUUGUAAGCGCUUCGAGUUUUGAAUUCCAUAUGGAAAUCACGAAAAUCGAAAAUUGAUUUGGUAAUUUGUAUGGUUCGUUUGAAAUCAUUACAAUAUUUUCAAAUAGCGUUUAGAAGAAAAGGCGGGAAAAUGUUUAACCACGAAACUCGGAAUCGUAUUUCGUUUCCGACGAAUUCGCAGAAUUUAAACCGCCCGAAUAACUAAAUAUUUUAUCCAGGGUCGUUAUGUUUAAAACAUUUUGUUUUAAUUAGACGUUUAAGACACAUAAUAAAAAAAAACAACUAUGUUUUAAAAAAAAAAAACAAAUAAAUUAAACAAUUAUAACUUAAGGUUAAACUUAUCUAUGAAAUGAUAAAACAACUACAAAUGUAUUUAUGUUAAUAAGAGAAAUUAAAAUAACAAAAUAUAAAAAAUGAACUGUAUAACUCGUGUAAAGUGUGUAAACUCCUACGUUAACUUCUUAUAUUAAAAACAAAAUACCUAUACAGCUAUGAUUGAUAAAAAUGUAAUAAUAAUUUAAAAUUAUAUUUUAUUGGAAACCAUUAGGUACGGUAACCGUAAUGAGAGCUGUAAUUUAUAAAUUUAAUAAAUACGAUUUGUUGAAAGUUAUAUUUGUCAGGAGGGAGGUGAAUGAAAUUUCAGGGGAUAAUUGACUUACUAUAUUUACUAACACUUUAGACCACUUUAGACUCUUAAAUUAGUAAGUAUGAAGUAAUACUGUUACAUCAAUGGUUUAGUUAAAAAUCAAGACGUUAAAAAACGUUUUUAACUACCCUGAUUUUAUCCGACUCGAUUUCGUUAACGGUUUCAAUAAUAUUGUAACAUAUCCAUUUCCGACUGCAGGCCUAUUACGGUGGCGAAGCCCGUUGCGAACUGGAAGUGGGCGGCAUGGACUACGAUCCCGCCGAAUUGGUGUGCGGUGGCUGCAGCGACGUGACCCGCGCCCAAAUGUGUCCGAAACACGGCACCGACCUUUUGGAGUACAAGUGCCGGUACUGCUGUUCCGUGGCCGUUUUCUUCUGCUUCGGCACCACGCACUUUUGUAACGCGUGCCACGACGACUUCCAACGCGUCAUCAACCUGAUACCCAGCGAACUGCCGCCGUGUCCCGCAGGUAUGACGGCACCCGAUAAUCUAUGAUAAUAGGGGGCCACAUCCGGUUUUCGUGCGAGGCGACGAGAAAACGAUUAAAAAAUUGAAAUCCACGCGUAUGCCAACUUCGAAACGUGAAAAUCUCGUUCCAAACUCCGGUAAUAUUCCGAUACUGUUCCGAAGAAACGAAUGUCCCACGUGUAAAUCCACAACCUUUAGUGAUAAACCAGGUCGCGCGUAAAUAAAAGUUACGGUAAAAAGCAAAAUCCACGUCGGGUGGUAGGUCACGUUUUUUGAACAGAAAAGUCGAUAAUCCCGUUUACCGUGAUCCGGGGACGUCAAUUCGUUGACACUGAAUUCAAAUUUUAAUAAUUGGUACUUUUUGUUUUUGAGGUUAUGUUUCUUAUCGCCCCCGGAGAACUGUUAUACUAUACCUGAUGUAUAACAGUAUGGUUUUUGAAGGGUCACUUAAACUGAGUAUGCAUAUACUCGUCGUCCACGUUUCGCUCCCGCCCUCUCGAGUGGGCCGGUGGGACUCGCACGUUAUCGUAUUAUUAUAUAUUAUCCGCUUUAUUACGAAGCGGUUUUUUUUCUUUUAUUAAUUGUGUUUAAUUGUUUUUUUUAUUUUUUAUUUUCUGUUUACGCACAGGACCUAGAGCGACGGUCUUGAACACAGACGAAUGUCCGCUGCACGUCAAACACCCUCCGACCGGCGAGGAAUUUGCGUUGGGAUGCGGCGUGUGUCGGAACGCACACACCUUUUGAGAAGAAACACACGAAACGGAACGAAAAAUAAUGAAAUAUUAAAAUAUAUAUUGUUAUUUUAUAACGUCGCGUCGGACUUCUUACGCGAAAAAAACUUUCAAUUACGUUCAAACAUUAUACAUUUGAAGACAAAAAUUCCACCUCUUUAUUAUCAUUGCGUGUCGUAUACGUACGACGAAUAACCUUAACGAGCCUUCCCUCACUAAAAAAAAAAAAAAAAAAAUUAAACAAAUCUCUACAGACAGUUCGGACGCGACGUUAUACGCACGAUUUAGUAAUUAACUGAUAAUUGUCAUUAUUACUAUUACUAUUAUUAUUAUUAUUAGUUUAAAUAUUGUAAUAUCAUUUUGGUCGUUCGACGCGAACGCCAUCUGUAGUACUGCGUGUAGAACGAUAUUUUAUUAUUGAUGUCGCUAGAUGCCGCCGUCGUCGUAUUUUCGUUUGUCUAUACGCGAUAGGUUCGCAUAGCUAUUAUCUCCAGUAUUGUAACUAAGUGUACAUAAUAUUAUGCACCUUAUAGUUUUUUUUUUUUUUUUUUUUAAAUUAAUAUUUUCCCCGUAAAACGGAACGUAUGAAUCUCAACGCGAAUCUCUAGUCAUUUUUGUGUCUCGCGUUUUUUUUCGCCCUAAGCAAUGACGAUUAUAAUAACAAUAUUAUAAUAAGUAACUGUAGUUGUAAACUUAGAUCUUAGGUAUAAGGGAAAUAUAGAUGAUUGGCUACCGUAUAGAUAACAAAGAAUCGGACCGGGCCGUUGUAGCUUAUCGCAGGACAGAACAGCAGUGGGCCGAUAUCGAUGGCAACCGUUUUCGGAAAUAAACGCACCUUACACUGUACAAGAAAAUCCUGCCCGACGCGUUUUCGCGUGACGAAUCGCGGUUUAUUUUCGAUUGAUUUCAACUUCACUUCCGUUUCACAAUCAAACGCAUGUAGCCACAUGUCUGUUUCUAUGUUCAAAAAUCACGCCUUCGGACCGUUUCCCUUUUCGGCCCGUGUUAACUCAGAGACACGAAGAUGCGAUUUCAAACUUUUUUUUUUCAUUAUAUCAUACCCGUGCAAAAACGAUAAUAAUAAAAUACCGAAGAGUCACACUAAUCCGGAGGGGCCGCUCACCCCCCCGUGGCCGCCUCUCUAAAUCGCGUGCCCGCAAUCUUGCGUCGGUGACCGAAAUAGUGCCGGCCGAAAACGGUUAUUAUCGCACAGAUAAGGAACGGUUCGUUUUGGCCGUAAAGUGUCCCGCCUUAUUAUUUAUACUCGUCAUCGCCAUUUGAACUUGUCGUUUUCGAACAACUGCCAUGUGACCUCAUGAAGCGCGUGCCCCGUAAAUACACUUAUACUCGCGCAAUCGUGUCCCGUCCGUUUCUCUGUCGUCUGAGUUUUGUGCCCGAACAAGACGGUUCGGUUUAGUUAAGGCUGUCGCCGCUCGCCGCGUUUUAGUGGCGAGUACUCCGCGCGGAGAAACAUCGACGAAUCGCUAAUUGAAACGAGUUGCUAAAAGCGCUGUGGUUUAUCUACAGAGUUUUUGCGUUUCGUCUUCUCCGCACAAACGAGAAAUCGGUUAUCCCGGGUCGACAGUUUAAAUAAUAUCAACCGGAUUAAUCAUUGAUUGAAUAAAUAAAUAACAGGCGAGACAUUUUUAAUUUACAUCAACACAAAUACGGCUUAAUAAGUAAACUAUUCAGUUACCUCGACCGCACGACCAUUCCGAAAUCUCAGUGUGUACCGAAUCCGGUUCGUGAAUUUUAUCUUCUCCGGUUAAAUAAAUUGUCAUAAUAUAUAAAUACAUCUUUCAUCUCUGUCCAGAUAACUGUUCUAGCAAUCAUCUCUUGUCUCUCGAAGGCUGGAUACUUCACUAGUUUAUAUUCACACUUAAAAACACAGGUUGCCGAUCGGCCGUAUCUGCAGUUGGGCGACUUUGUGGUACACGUCCGCGGUGUACAAAUGCAAUACAUUGUCGUCAGUGGACGCCGCCGAAUCGAACCGUCCGUUUUCGGUCCGUUCGCUCGUCUAUGUUUCCUUUUAAAAACGGUUUUGUGGUUUAACCUUAUUUUCAUAUUUAAGUACGCGUCUAAUUUAUUCGCUACCGGUAGUGUUUUGUUAAUUUUUUUUUUUUUUUUACGACGCCAUAAUGCCUCGGGCCAUCUGAAAAAGCCAUUGGCGCGUGAUAUUUAGAACGUUUUUCGUAAAUACGUCGGGUAGUUUCGCGAUUAAAAUACAAAAAAAAAAAAAAAAAUUUUAAAAAUUUAAAAAAAAAAAAAUACGAAUAUUAGUUUAGAGGGUUCAGAAAAAAUAUUAGCGUGUAGGUACCCGAGUGAUUCGAUUUUCGUUUAGCGCUUGCGAUACUAUUAUUAUUAUUAUUGUAUACGUGUGUCCGUUUUAUUGUAAUACCCAUUAUAUAUUAUAUUCGCCACCGACGGAAUCUCGAUGUUACACUUAGGUACAUGUGUUUUACUGUAAUACUCACUCACAUAUUAUGUUAUACAAAUUGUAUUUUACCAAAAUGUGCAAUAUGACGUUAUAUGUUUUCAAUUAAAACGCAACCGUAAGCUAUAGUUGUAUUGUUUUUGUGAUCCGUUUGGCCGCGAAUUCGAAAAAAAAUAAAAAAUGUUCCCGGUUUUUCCUCUGCGUCGUUUAGGAAACUGCGGGGAGAAUGCGAA